CCCGCCGUGGCGCAGCUCAGCCUGCCUGCCCUGGCAGAAAUUCAUGAGGUCCUGGAAGAAUAUAAAGAAGGAGCUGCAAAAUUUAUAGGUAUGCCAAACAAGGUGCUGUACUGCUCCCUUCAUGACCCGGUCACUCCCUGUCCAUCUGGCUACAACACUAACAAGACAGUGUCCCUGUGGGGAAGCUCAGGGCGCAUGGAAAUCACCGCUUCCAAGUUCAUGGAUAUCCAGCGGGCUAUCCAGCCAGACUGGUUCCAGUGUAUCUCUGAUGGAGACACUAUUUCUGGAGAAGCUGGUAGAAAAAGGGCCAAGAAGUCUGUGGAUAGGUCACUUUCCUUCCUGGAUGCCUGCCUUCAGAUGCUAGAAAAAUCACCGGAACUACAAAGAAGUGUAAUGUUUGGGGCAAUUGAAGGUGGAGAUAUCUUGGAAGAGAGGCUCCGAUCAGCCAGGGAGACUGCCAAGCGACCUGUGGGUGGCUUUCUGCUAGAUGGCUUCCAGGGUUGUGCCAUGGCCAAGGAGACCAAGUUGAAACUGAUAGCUUCUGUCACAGCAGAGUUGCCAGAGGAUAAACCAAGACUCAUCCAUGGUGUAGGCAAACCAGAUGAGGUGCUUGAGUGCGUCGAAAGGGGUGUGGACAUUUUUGAGAGCUUCUUUCCGUUCCAAGUGACAGAGCGAGGCUGUGCCUUGGUUUUCAGUUACGACUGCCAUCCAGAUCCUGAAGCAGCAGUUUUCGUGCAAAAUGGGGCCCAGGACCUGGAGAAGAAUGGUGCUGAAGACCAGGAUGAAAUCCCCAAAGCUGACCCAGAAAUGACACCAUUUGAGAUAUUUCUGAAGGACAAAAGAUACCAAGAUGAUUUUGGUCCUUUGCUGGAAGGAUGCACGUGUUACUGUUGUCAGAGGCAUACUCGUGCCUAUGUCCAUCACCUCCUCGUGACCAACGAGCUGUUGGCUGGUGUCCUGCUCAUGAUGCACAACUUCCAGCACUACUUCACUUUCUUCGGUGCCAUACGGGAUGCCUUAAGAGACAACAAACUGGAUCAGCUAAAAGAGUUUGUCUUCAGGCAGGCACUUCAAAGCCCAGCAAAUGUGAAGCCAGGCCAGUGA